AUGUCUGGAGAAAAUCCUAAUGGCGCCUUAGUAACACAAAAACCCGCUGUACCUAUCUCUCAUUAUCAAUGCCCCGUUUUGAAAGAAACAAAUUAUACCGUUUGGGCCAUUCAAAUCAAAGUUAUACUUGAAGCGAAUGGAUUAUGGGAGAUGAUAGAACCUAAGGAAGAUGCGGUACCCGAUGAGAAAAGGGAUAAGGCAACGAUUGCCUUUUUAUACCAAGCAUUGACCGAAGAUGUGAUACUGCAAGUUGCGGGGUGUAAGACUGCGAAGGAAGUCUGGGAGGCGUUAAAAAAGAGACAUGUCGGAGAAGAUAAAGUGCAGAAGGCACGUUUACAAUCGUUGAUGAUUGGAUUUCAAACACUCCAAAUGAGGGAGGACGACACGUUAGAUGCCUUUGCCGCUAAGUUAAAUGGUUAUGCCACUAAGGCAAAAGAACUAGGAAAAACCUUGGAUCAACCAUUAUUAGUACGGAAACUUUUAGAUUCCAUGCCAGAUAGGUUUAUCCAGAUAGUGGCAUCCAUUGAACAAAACUCUGAUCUAGACGAAAUGACGUUCGACGAGAUCAUUGGAAAACUAAAAGCGUAUGAGGAAAGAAUUAGACUCAAGAAAGGCGGACGUGGAAACAGCCAGGAAAACUUAUUAUUUGCGCAAGGCGAACACUCUAGAAGAGGAAAGCGAUUCGGCAAUCGCGGACGUGGUAGAUCAAACUCUUCACGAGGAAACUGGCAAAACAAUAGAAAUAGAAACGACUCGAAAGAGGAAGGCUCAACUCGCAAGGGGAGAACAAACAUAAAGUGGAAUAAGCAAGUGAAGGAUAUGAGCAAAGUAUGGCAACACACAAAACUGAGCACGAAGAGGUACUGUUAA